AUGAGCUUACUGAUGGCUAACAACCGACACUUCCGGGUGCGACCUUUCUUGCGUCACUUCCGGCCCCGCUGCGCCGCGGAACCCGCUGUUCGCGGAGCGUUCGAACGUCAACGGAACGCGACUCGGGCUCCGCUCCGGCGGUUCAUGGAGCACGCGGAGGAUGGGAGCGACACGGGGGACCCCGAGCUCACGGAAAGCUCGCCCCGGAUCCGGGACACCCCGGAAGACCUCGUGCUGGAAGCGCCUGCCAGCGGGCUGGCGUUUCACCCCGCGCGCGACCUCCUCGCGGCCGGGGACGUGGACGGGGAUGUGUUCGUCUUUUCCUAUUCCUGCCAAGAAGGAGAAACUAAGGAACUCUGGUCUUCAGGUCACCACCUCAAGUCUUGCCGAGCAGUGGUUUUCUCUGCAGAUGGGCAGCAACUUGUUACUGUCUCCAAGGACAAGGCCAUCCAUGUGCUAGAUGUAGAACAGGGCCGACUAGAAAGACGCAUUUCCAAAGCUCAUAGUGCCCCCAUCAACAGUCUGCUGCUGGUGGAUAAGAAUAUUAUGGCCACUGGGGAUGACACAGGUGGUAUCCGGCUCUGGGAUCAGCGGAAGGAGGGCCCCUUAAUGGAUAUGCGACAACAUGAGGAGUACAUUGCUGAUAUGGCUCUGGAUCCGGCCAAGAAACUGCUCCUGACAGCCAGUGGGGACGGCUGCCUUGGCGUCUUCAACAUCAGGCGACACCGGUUAGAAGUGCUUUCAGAGCCUCAGUCUGGAGACCUGACCUCUGUCACCAUCAUGAAAUGUGGGAAGAAAGUGGCCUGUGGCUCCAGCGAAGGUACUAUCUACCUCUUCAACUGGAAUGGAUUUGGGGCAACAAGUGACCGUUUUGCUUUAAGAGCUGAGUCGAUUGACUGCAUGGUUCCUAUCACUGAGAGUCUGCUGUGUACCGGCUCCACCGAUGGCAUCAUCAGGGCUGUGAACAUCCUGCCCAAUCGAGUGAUAGGCACUGUGGGCCAGCACGCAGGGGAGCCUGUGGAGGAGCUGGCACUCUCCCAUUGUGGCCGCUUUCUGGCUAGCAGUGGUCAUGACCAACACAUAAAGUUUUGGGACUUGGCCCAGCUGCGGGCUGUGGAGGUGAAUGACUACCGUCGGCGCAAGAAAAAAGGAGGACCACUGCGGGCCUUGAGCAGCAAAGCCUGGAGCACAGAUGACUUCUUUGCAGGACUCAGGGAGGAGGGACAGGAUUCCAUGACACAGGAGGAAGAGAGUGAGGAUGAUAGUGACUGAGGCCAGGUUGGAUUCAAGACAGCUCCUCACAGAACAGAGUUCUUUCCCUAGCUGCAGCUUUCUCAAGAGGCUCUGAUCAUAUCGCCCUUUUGUGGAGAUGGGGGCACCGCCAGUCGGGGACCUGCAUUCCUCACAGUACCUGCUCACCCCUACCAGUGGAAAGCAAGCCCACAGCUGGACAAGACAGCAUGGACAUAGGUGUACAACAAACACGAGUUUAAUAUAAAUACAAACCAGCAUAGAAAAACUCCAAACUGUACAUAAACCAACAAUUGGAAUGCUACUACUAAUGAGACAAAGGGGAUAUUUCUGACCCUCUGGCUUAGCCAGCCUCCAAAUAAAAGCCAACAAAGAGGGCAAACAAA